AUUUACCUGCAUACAUUUUACAUCGUGCGUCUUCCAAGUUACAGAAUUAUUUAAAUUUUGUUUCAAUAUUUUGGAAUUUGUCGUUGUUAUUUUCAAGAAAAAAUGGUAUCGAAUACCGAAGGAGGAGCGGAAGGAGAAACGUUGUCUAAAAAACAGCAGAAAAAGCUUGCAAAGGAAGCACUGAAGACUUCAAAAAAGGCUGAAAAAGCCGCAGAGCAGGCUCAACCUCAAGAAGCCGAGGAAGAUGUGUCAGUCGGUAAAUACGGCAGUACCGGGCUGAUAACGAGUUCUGACCCUGCUGACUCUGAAAGGAGGAAAAGGGUAUUCACUCAUAUUAAGAGUUUAACACCGGACUUAGCUGAAACCGACGUAUGGAUCAGGGCAAGACUUCAAACAUCUAGAGCAAAAGGCAAACAGUGUUUUGUUGUUUUACGACAACAGCAGUUUACUGUUCAAGGAAUUUUAGCCGUGUCUGAAAAAAUAAGCAAACCUAUGGUAAAAUUUGUAUCUAACGUAUCUAAAGAAUCAGUAGUAGAUGUAUAUGCCCAAGUUGUGACUGUGCCAAAGCAGAUUGACAGUUGUUCACAAAAGCUAGUCGAAUUAAAGGUAAAUGAGUUCUGGGCAGUCAGUGCUGCCAAACCACAACUUCCACUCUUGGUUGAGGAUGCUGCCAGGCCGAUCACAGAAGGAGAUGAUGGGCUUAACAUCAAAGUUAAUCAGGACACAAGACUGGAUAAUCGUAUCCUUGACCUAAGAACACCUGCGAAUCAAGCUAUAUUCAGAUUAGAAGCUGGGGUCUGUCAACUCUUCAGAGAUGUACUGACCAAACAGGGUUUUGUAGAAAUUCACACUCCAAAAAUGAUCAGUGCUGCCAGUGAAGGUGGUGCAAAUGUCUUCACAGUUUCUUAUUUUAAAGGAAACGCUUACCUUGCCCAGAGUCCCCAGCUGUAUAAGCAAAUGGCCAUUGCUGGUGAUUUUGAAAAAGUAUUCACUGUUGGUGCAGUUUUUCGAGCUGAAGACAGUAACACACACAGGCAUUUGACUGAAUUCGUCGGACUUGAUUUGGAAAUGUCCUUCAAAUACCAUUACCACGAAGUUGUACAUACAAUUGGCAAUCUGUUCACCGAAAUAUUUAAGGGUUUACAAACAAGAUAUUCAGAACAUUUUGAAGCCAUUAAAACACAAUAUGGCUUGGAACCUUUUAAAUUCUUGGAUCCUCCACUUAUCCUUGAAUUUCCUGUGGCCAUCCAAAUGCUUAAAGAAGCUGGAGUGACUCUUGGUGAAGAAGAGGAUUUAAGUACAGCCGACGAAAAACUACUCGGUCGUCUUGUAAAAGCGAAAUAUGAUACAGAUUUCUAUAUUUUGGAUAAAUUUCCUCUUGCUGUGAGGCCUUUUUAUACGAUGCCUGAUCCCCUCAAUCCUAAAGCCUCCAAUUCCUAUGAUAUGUUUAUGAGAGGCGAAGAGAUCCUCUCUGGUGCCCAGAGGAUCCACGAUCCCGACUUGCUCACCGAGAGGGCUAAACUUCACGGUGUCGAUUUAGAUAAAAUCAAAGCAUACAUUGAUUCUUUCAAGUACGGAUGUCCACCACAUGCCGGCGGUGGCAUUGGACUCGAGAGGGUUGUCAUGCUUUACUUAGGGCUGGAUAACAUCAGAAAAACAUCAAUGUUCCCCAGAGACCCAAAACGACUUACCCCUUAAGUUUGUGCACUUUGUAAUGUAAAUAAAGUAAGGGAUUGUUUUA